ACCUGGCGUAGCUAUACUUCAACUCCUGUAUCCGUCCGCGGAUGGUAGAAGGUUAUAUAAAGACGCGCUCCGCCGCACAACAUCAUUCUUAUCUGACGUUUUUACUUCUGCAAAAGUUCUUCCUCCAACAUUCAGGAAGAGGAACCGUACAGAUAGACGCUUUUCAGUAACGUUUGAAAACUUCACAACUGUCACUGGCUCACUGGGAACAGUCUCGGCUAUUACAAAGGAUACAUUGUAUCCCCAUUCAAAUCUCCUUGCUGUGUGACAGAGGUUCCAGAUUCACAUACAUAUUAUAAGAGCAAACAUGGAGUACAAGUACCGCCCUAUCGCAAUUGUUGGAAUAGGAUGUCGCAUGCCCGGUGGUGUCAAAAGUCCGGAUGAGUUCUGGAAGGUGAUCCAUGAUGGUAGGAACACAAUUACUGAGGUCCCACCAGACCGAUGGUCACUCGACAAUUUCUACGACCCAGACCAAACCAAGCAAGGGAAGAUGGUCACCAGGCGUUGUGGGUUCAUUGAUGGCAUAGACAAGUUCGACAACACCUUCUUCAAAAUCUCUCCAAGAGAAGCGAUGUCCAUGGACCCACAGCAACGUCAUAUACUGGAAGUAGUCAAUGAAGCCUUUGAGGAUGCUGGCAUCGUACCAGACACAGUCAGUGAGUCCGCGGGGGUUUACCUUGGGAUAGGUAUGAUGGACUACCCGAUCCAGUCGAUUGGAGAGACUUCUCUUAUUGAUGCUUACACCGUGACAGGUUCUGCACAUAGCGUGGCAGCAAACAGAGUGUCCUAUGCCUUUGAUUUGAAAGGUCCAAGUUAUGCCGUAGAUACGGCAUGUGCCUCGUCCAUGACAGCGAUGCAUCUUGCCUGUACCGGAAUCUGGAACAACGAAUGUAACGUUGCAGUUCUGGGUGGUUGUAACAAUCUCCUCAUGCCUGAUGUUACGGUUGGCUUCAGCGCUCUUGGAGUUCUCUCCCCCGAAGGGCAAUGCUGUCCCUUCUCCAGCUCAGCUAAAGGCUACGUACGCAGUGAAGGUUUCGGGGCUCUGAUCCUGAAGCCUCUUCAACAAGCAAUAGAUGACGGUGAUCACAUCUACGCAUCGAUUCGAGGUAGUGCUAUUGCUGCCAAUGGAUUCUCGAACAGCCUCACCAUGCCAUCUAUGCCAGCUCAGAUGACGGUCAUGAAGCAAGCGUACGAGCGCUUUGAUGUCCCUCUCUCAAGUGUACACUGCAUCGAGGCCCACGGGACUGGAACACCGGUUGGGGACCCGAUUGAGGCUGAAGCUAUCGGCAAGACCUUUGCUCCGCAUCGUGAAACACCUCUUAGGAUAGGCUCCGUCAAGAGCAACUUUGGCCACAACGAGUGUGCUGCUGGAGUAACGGCAGCCAUCAAAGUUGCUUUGAUGUUGGAGAAAAAGAUGCUUUGUCCAACUAUCAACUAUACUGACGUCAACCCGCAUAUAGACACGGAAGAAUGGAAGCUGCAGGUCCAGACCAAGCUCGAGCCUCUACCUGAUGGUCAGCAAACUAUCAUCGGUCUCAAUAGCUUCGGUUUUGCUGGUGCUGUUGCUCACAUGAUCUUCCAAGAGCCCCCGGCUCGAGAUUCCCCAGAUCCAGAAAGUGACUCAAAAUCCUUUCGUGCUCAGUGGCAGUUUGGCGGCAAUGAUCAAGGCAACAGCAUCUUGAUUCCUUUAUCAGCCAAGUCAACAGACGCUCUAAAUGGUGUUGCAGAAAAAUGGAAGAACUUCUCUGAUGAUAAAGACGCACUCAAAGUUGUCUCAUGGCUCUCAACUCGACGAAAGCAUCAUGAAUGUCGCCUAGCAGUCAUCACUAAAUCCGGAGAACAGUUUCAGAAACAACUCGCCAGCUUCGUGAAAACCGGGAGUGGAGAAGGUAUGUCAUCUGGAAGUGCCUACGGCAAGAAGAGACAGAUCUGCAUGAUUUUUCCUGGUCAAGGACAACAAUGGGGCAACAUGGGACGGCAGCUUUACAGAACAGAGAAAGUGUUCCGUGAAACUGUACAAAAAUGUGAUGAGAUCUUCCAAAAGCUGAGCGGUUGGUCCCUGCUUCAUGACAAGCUGUUCUUCAAUGGACUCAAUGGCAUGACUAAAACAGGUGAAAAGAUAGACGCAGAUCAGCUUAUCAACGAUAUGGAGAUAUCACAGCCAGCUAUCCUCUUCUUCCAGAUUGGUUUGUUCCAUCUUUGGCAGUUUUGGGGGAUAAUUCCAGAUGUGGUGGUUGGUCACAGCCUGGGUGAAGUUGCCGCUGCAUACGCAUGUGGUGGUUUGACAAUUGACGAAGCAGUUAGAGUGAUCUACCAUCGAAGUACACAACAGGCUAAAGUCAAGGGGGCUGGAAGCAUGGCAGCUCUGCGUCUGUCUCUGAAAGACGCACAAGAGAUCUGCUCUAAAUCUGACAAGCUUUACAUAGCAGCACUAAAUGCCCCAUCUGGUAUCACCAUCGCAGGAGACACUGAGCUUAUCACAGAGUUUGCCAAAAACAACCCUACAGUGGCCAAGCAAUUGCGGGUCCAGUGUGCUUUCCACACACCAGAAAUGGAUCCAAUGGAGAACUCUUUCCGAGCUGCCAUGAAAGGAGCUGUGGAGACGGAGGCAGGAUGCCGUACCCUACCCAUGUAUUCCACCGUAACAGGGGAGCUGUAUAAAGGAGAUUUUGGUACAGAUUACUGGUGGGACAACAUCAGAAACACGGUGCAGUUCCAGCCAGCAGUUGAGGCUAUUUUGGAAGAUACCGAGGCAGAUCUUUUUCUGGAAUGUGGUUCCUCAGCAACACUCAUCUCAUCUGUCAAUCAGAUAGCAAAGCAAGGCAACAUCAAAUCCAACAUCACCUCUAUCUCUUCGGGUCAGCGUCGACAAGAUGAUCGCUACAUGGUCCUCAAGGCUUUGGGUGAGCUUUACAUUGCUGGCCUCGAUGUUAACUGGAAGAAUGUUACUGGAGACUGCGCAGAAUGGGUAUCGAUUCCCACCUACCCGUGGCAGCAUCAAUCAUUUUGGGUAGAGUCGGAGCCAAUGCGCAUGAAACGUCUUGGACUUGACGAUCGUACCUUUAAAGGGCAAAAUGGAAACAUGUCACUGUUGGUAUUCCCCUUCCUGGCCGACCAUAUUGUGCAAGACCGACUCGUGUUUCCGGGAGCGGGCUAUGUAGAAUACGCCAUCGAGGCUUCCUUCCCAGAGAAUGAGUUACCGUGCUUGUCAAAUGUGUCGUUUUGCAAACUACUGAUGUGGCCCGAGAAAACGGCUACUGGUGGUAGUAAAUUUGGCAAUCUUCAGCUUGGUUGUAACAUGGAAGGUUCCAAGGUCCAGAUUGUAGCAGAUGGCACAAUGUACAGCGAGGCCGAUAUCACAGCGAAUGCUACGAUCCUAAACGACCACAUCCCAAUGAAAAGCAUCCUUUCACGAUGCACUAGUAACACACCUGGGGAUGUGUUCUACAGCAAGCUUGCUGCUCUUGGCCUACAGUAUGGUCCAGCGUUCCAGGUUAUCGAGAAAAUAGCUCUUGGGGACGGUGAAGCGCUUGGGUACCUUUACCCAGCUCCAGUUAACAAACAGCGACUUCAGAUCAGCCACCUUGAUGGAUGUUUUCAGCUGCUCAUCUCUGCCAUUGGAGACACAUCCACACUUUAUCUUCCCGUAGCCAUCAAAUCCCUGAAGAUGCACGUUCCGUCACUGCCAGCAUCGGAGUCUUUUGUUGCUCAUGUGAAAGUCACUGAGUGUGAUUCAUUGUCACUCACAGGAGACAUCACAUUGGCCACAAACAACGGGAAGGUUCUGAUGGAGGUGGUUGGCUGCAAAUGCCAGAACGUGGUUGGUACUACCUCAGAUGUCCCCUUGUCAUCUUGCCUCUAUCACACCAAGUUACAGACCCAAAAGGCUGCUCUUCCACCAACAUCCGCUGCUUAUGAUGUCUUCGAGCCAUACUGUCUUCAGGAGAACUACCCGGAAGAGAUAGAUCCAAUUUCAAAGGCUGUUGAUGUAGUUCAUGUGCUGCAGGCAAUCUGCGUCUCAUACAUUCGGCACGCUUUCGGCGAGGUUCCCGCAGAGGAUCGUGGCAAGUGUAACCCACGAUACAUUGAGAGACUUGAGGAAAUUGCCGCAGACGAUACAGUAGAUGACAUACCUUUUGAACAGAUCCCCAUUGUCAUCAAAGACAUCAUGCAGCGCAUCCCAGAGCUCAAACAAGAGUUGUCCAUGAUGACAAGUCUAGGUGACAAUCUCCCGACCACCCUCCGUGAUCCAUCAACUGCAGUCUCAAUUCUUUUUGCCGCUGAGAACAUCGCACACUACUUCAUAGACUCCCUGACAACCAGACUGUACUACAAAGCAGGAGCCAAGAUGAUUGAGAAUGCAGUUAAAGAAGCUGCAAAGAGCAAAGGAGUUGUGAGAGUUGUGGAGGUUGGAGGAAGAAUGGGUGGCCUAGCCAGCUACAUUCUAGAGCCCCUAAAACAACUAGGAAUGGAAACAAAAUUGGAGUACAUCUUCACCGACCUGAGUGCCUCCUUCUUUGCUCACGCACAAGGGAGACUUCAGGAGUACCCAUUCGUAAAAUAUCAGCAGCUUGACAUUGAGACUGACGUUGAACCACAGGGGUUCGUUCCAGGCUCCGUUGAUAUUGUGGUCUGCAUGGACACCCUUCAUUCUGCUGUUGACUUGAACAACGGACUCCACCAUAUGAGGAACCUUCUAUGUCCUGAGGGUUGGUUGGUUAUGUAUGAAGCAACGAACACCAAGUUUAUAUCUGAGCUCCUUUUUGGAGCACUGGAGCUGUGCUGGGCUUUCCAAGAUUUCCGCACCGAUGUUUGCUGGUUGGAUCAACAAGGUUGGGUUGACCUGAUGAAGAAUGGUGGUUUUACAGACGUUUUUGCUGUAUCCUCUCCAAACGAGUUUUUCCAUAGCAUCAUGAUCGGCAAGAAGUCAAUUGAAGAGUGUUGCCCAGAAGAACCAGAGUCUGACUGGCUAGUUCUCUCCGACUCCGCAUUCCCAGGUAAAGGAAAUGUCUUGAGGGCACUUAAAGACUCCCUGCCUCAAAACACCACCUUCGCAUCUUCUGACAGAAAGCUUGAUGAUGCUCUCGAAGGCAAGAAAGAGUGUGCUCACCUUGUCUACAUUCUCGGUCAGGCUGACUGGAAAGCUAAACAACUCACCCGCGUCUUACAAGAAGUCAAUGAAGACUCAAGUCGGUUUUCCCAGGUUUCCGUUGUUACGACCGGGACCAAGACGUCAAGUGCAGUUGCUGUUGGAAUUAUUAGGGCAGCCACAAACCAGAGCCAGGUGCCCAUGUUUUCUUUUCAUCUAGAUGACGAGUCAAAAGAAAGCCUAAGCAUCUUAGUCAAGGUGAUUGUAAGAUGUGACGUUAAUGAUCGGGAAAUAAGCAUCAGACAUGGAGAAGUCCUCUUGCCGAGAUUGGUUAAAGCUGAAAUUCCUGCCCAUGACACGAAUAAUGACACGUACUGGCAACUCAUACAAAACGCUGACAUGUCAAGUAAGAACGCUUCAAUAGAUGAUAUGGGCUUCAGUUAUCUGAGUGAAAUGGAACCACCUCCCGGUAAAGUCAUAGUUAAAGUCAAUGCUGCUGCUCUCAACUUCAAAGACGUAAUGAUGGCUCUUGGACUCCUAUCAGGGUUAGAUGAAGAAGAUGAGAGGGCCCACUUUGGUCUGGAAUGUAGUGGCGUGGUCGUGAAACUAGGCGCUGGGGUAACCUCACUGCACAUUGGAGAUGAAGUGGUUGGCUUUGGUAAGCACUGCUUCGCCUCACACACCAUCAGUGAUGAAAAGUUACUGGUCCCUAAGCCGUCAAACCUCAACUGGGUUGAAAGUGCAGGCAUAAGUGUGAUUUUCUCAACUGCUUAUUACAGUCUGGUCGAGAGAGCAAAUCUUCAGAAGGAUGAAACGAUUCUUAUUCAUUCUGCAUGUGGCGGGGUUGGUUUGGCAGCAAUUCAAGUGGCUCGAAUGAUUGGAGCAAAAAUCAUCUGCUCUGCUGGAAGUAAGAAGAAGAGAUCUUACCUUCGAGAGGAACUUGGCAUCGAGAUGGUGACAGACUCUCGUUCUGAAAGGUUCUAUGAUGAUGUGAUGAGCUGGACAGAGGGUAACGGAGUUGACGUGGUUCUUAACUCAUUGAGCGGAAGACUACUUCUCAAGGGAAUAGAGUGCCUCUCCUUUGGUGGAAGGUUUUGCGAAAUCGGAAAGAGAGAUAUCCUACAGAAGACGAACCUUCUUCUGAUGCCCCUGCUCCUAGAAAACAAGUCUGUGUUGUCAUGCCAAAUAGACCGAAUAGUAAUGCUUCAGAAGAACAAGGCUCAGAGGCUGAUGCGACAGGUGGCGAGUCUAUUUGAUAAAGGGGCUAUCAAACCAAUCCACACUGAGACUACUUCAAUUACAGACUUCGCUGACACGUUCCGCAUCAUGGCCAAAGCAAGUCAUAUCGGCAAGGUGGUUUUUGAUAUUCCAAAAGACUACAAGCCCCUCCAAGUUGUCCCAACAUGCACACUGUUCAAGGUAAAUGCUACAUAUAUUGUCACUGGUGGUUAUGGAGGACUUGGUCAGGCAUUCGCCCGUUGGCUUUGUAAGAAAGGGGCUCGUCAUGUGGCGCUGGUAUCACGUCGUGGUUGUCAUAAUGCUUCUGCUCGACGCACCGUCACAUUCCUGAAGAGAAGAGGGGUUAAGGUGUAUGAUUUCGCCGUGGACUUGGCCGAUGCUAGUAGUGUUCAAACCAUCCUUAGGCAACUCAAUGAAGUCCACAACGCUCCAGUUGUCAGGGGCAUCUUCCACCUCGCUGGUUUCAUCGCUGAAGAAUCUUUAUCUGACCUUACACCUGAGCUGAUGGACAACAUCCUUGGUGCUAAGGCGGCCAGUGCCCGACACCUUCACAACUUGACUGACCAUCUGCCACUGGAUUUCUUCCUCAUGACAUCAUCUGUAAUCGCUGUAUGGGGACAUCCUUCUCAACCGUGCUACACAGCUGCUAAUGUUUACUUGGACGAUUUGGCCGAAGAGCGGAAGGCUAAGGGUCUGCCUGCAAUGAGUCUUCAACUGGGAGCAGUUCGGGGUGCCGGAUACCUGGAGAGCAACUCCGAUGUUGUCAAAACACUUGGGAUGAAGGGUAACAUGACGCUACACAUUGAUGAGGUGCUUCAAGUUGUUGGCCAGCUUCUUCAAGCAAAGGAUUCACCAGCUGUGCUUUGUCUUGCAAACCAGGACUGGGAUGCUACCUUAAGACAUUGCCACAACGACUCCCUGAAGUUCCGUCACCUUACCUUGGGUCGGCAGGUCGCCCAGACUGACUGUGACCUCAGCCAGGAAGAUCUAGAGGAUCGUGUUAGACAGAAGAUGGGUCAACUCCUAUGCGUAGAGCCAGGAAGCAUUGACCUACAACAACCAAUGAUCAACUACGGUAUUGACUCUCUAAUGGCUGUAGAGAUGGUCACGUGGGCCAGUAAAGAGCUCAACGUCAUCAUCUCUCAGCUUGAUAUUCUGGGUGGUAUUUGUACCAAUGUAUUACUGGAGAAAGCCCUAGACCACAGCGUGGUCAUUAAUGUAGCUGAAUAGCUCAUGGUUCGAUGGGGCAUUGGAUCAAUGGUUAGAUGAAUAACUGACCAGACACUACUUACUUACCAGACACAAACUGUCGAUGUGUCCAAUUAUCACAGUUGGUGGAAAUUAUAAUCACCUUGUGAUUUCAAAAUGGUUUCUUCAUUUAGUUGGUAUAAGUGUCACUCACUUUCAUUAGCCAAAUGGGAACCCAACUGUUAAUUUUUUUCACUUAUCACAUUAACUUGGAUGGGAGUAGAAAAAAACAAGUUGCAGUUUUCAAACAGUUAAUUUAUUUCCAUAUAGGAAAUCACAUGAUCUUAGGGGUUAGUUUUGCUUCCAGACGUGCAAAAUUUAGUUACUGUAGCAAAUUAAACUCUAUUUUUUUAAUUAAAUAUAUAUAUUAUUCAGAUAUGACAAAGAAAAUGUUUUCAGAUUAUGGAUAAAUUGUUAAAAAAUGCUUUAUAUUUACGAGAGUCCAUCAAUGGAAGCUUGUUUCACGUAUAGCACGACGUGAGGUUAGCGAGAUAUUAACCUUAAGGCAUUGAUCCGCGGAAGGCCGGGGGUAAGGAGCCAGACUGUCGAGUUUUCUUAUAUUUUUAUUUUUGUAAUAGUCUGUACACCUAGCUCAUCAAUGCCGCUGGGAAACAAAACGUUUGCAUUCUUGGAAAUAUGUCUAUCGUCCUUUCCACUAUUUUGUUUAUUUGUAUUAAUUUUGAUUUUUACCCAUACACCGAUGUGUGUUAGCACUGUAUACCUAUGGCUCCGUGAGUGACAAUGCCUUGCUGUCAAAUUGCUAUACUGUGCAUGCCAUCAACCAUGGAGCUACAUGGUAUCAACUGCGCUAAAAACGACGGGCAAACUUUACGUAGAACUGGACUAUAAUGACCUCAUAGUAAGACAUUAUUUGCCGGCACAAGCAUUUUGAAUAUUAUAAUAUGAAACAGGUACAUGUAUAUACAACAAAGGGCAGCGGAUGAUAAAGUGUUUUAAUAUCCACUACAUUAUGGAGACACUGUAUACUCAGUACUUUCCAGAGUCCUGUGGAAUAUAUCACAGGCAUAUUACUCGGGUGGGAUUCGAACCCA